AUGAAAGAGGAGAUUGCUGCCGCCGUGUUCUUCAUGGCUCGCCUGGUCAAGCGAUACGGCUGUCUGAAUAAUGACAGCAGGGAGCGUUUCGCCACCGCACUAACUUCUGUUUUGUUCGAGAACUACAAGAACCACUGGCAUCCCAGCGCGCCCACCAGAGGACAGGCCUACAGGUGUCUGCGUAUGAACAGGGUUCGGCAGCAGGACCCGGUGCUGCAGCAGGCGUGUGACCGGAGCUUGGUGCGGUAUGAGGACCUGGGCCUUCCCCAGGAGCUGACGGUGUGGGUCGACCCUGGAGAGGUUUCCUGCAGGUAUGGUGAGCAGAGCAGUCCCUUCUGCGUGUCUGCGGUGGACAGCUCCCGCAGGAGGGACCGGGACUUUUCCCGCCGCAUCCACGAGGCCGUGGAGCGCGCGAGCCUGGACGUCCAGUCGGGCUGCUCCUCCGACGAGGACGACGGCGUGGCGGACAAGAGCUCGAGCAGCAACAGCAGUUCAUCCAUGCCCUGCCCUGCUCCGACCCCGACCCCACCCACGCAGCACGAGUCCAAGACCAUCCCCACCGUCAGCAACCCCAACAGCGUUUACCGGUUCAGCGAGUUUUCUCCAGGUGCUCCUCGGACCUGGCUGAGGGAAAAGCGGAAGGCCUUUGCCGGGGAAGCUUUCCAUCCUCACGUACCACCGCCCGGGCCUCCGCCCCCCCACUUCCCCGCCCAGAAAGGCUUCAAAUCCUAUCAAGCCACAUUCACCUUCUCCGGGCCUCGCAUUGACAAAUAUCACUGGGUCAGCAAAUCCAGAUCUUAAAGUAAGCCACGUCCAGGAGCUGAAUUCAAGACUAGACUUUCUUUUUUCCUUUGUUUUCUUUUUUCCUCUUCCCCCCCUCAGGACAGUUUGUAUAUCUUUUGAAAAGGAUAAGUUUAUUUUGAUUUAAAAUAAUGCUGUUUAAGUAUGUUUUUAAAUGUAUUAAAGUAUUUUAUCUCCCCUUCAUACAGAUUUUUAACUAAAAAUAAA